AUGAGCGAUAACAUUAAUAUGGAUGGCCAAAUGAAAAAACAAAACAAUGUAUCUUCCAAACUUCGACAGCUGCUACAAAAAUGCGAGGGUCGUAUAUUUCAAAAAAUGAACCAAAGGACUUUGAACACCUACCUAUUAGAGAAAGGGGCUAUCAAGGUAAGGCUUUCAAAGUCAACAGCCGCACGUAAGUUUAAAGAAUGGAACGAAAUGAAAAACGAUUCUGACCAAGGAGGUACUCCUGAUACUAUCAGUCCCAAGGAAUACAAAGGUCGAAGAUUAAUACUUAAGGACGUGUUGUGGUUUACAGUUUAUCCGCAGUUUGACUUGUAA